AUGGAGAGAGCAACAAGUAUUCGAACAACGAUGUUAAUCCUGCUUUUGCUGGUGCUAGCAACCAAAACCAUGUCUGUGCCGGCCCCCCGCCCACUCUGCAUGUCCCAGUUCGCCCUGGCAAACCAUGCCUGUGCAUUCGUGCCUCUCGAACAUCAUCUUGCUGCAGAUAUGAAUGGGACUCAUCAUCAGGAAAAUCAACAGCAAAUGGUUAAUGAGCAUGAACACGAGCACCGGCACGGCCACGACCACGACCACGAGCACCGGCACGACCACGACCACGACCACGACCACGAGCACCGGCACGACCACGACCACGACCACGAGCACCGGCACGACCACGACCACGACCGCGAUCAUGAGCAUCAUCGCCAUCAGGCCCAUCGCCACAGGCACCACCACCAUCACGGGGCAAACGCCGAGUGCUGCAGAUGGGUGAGGGAGCUGGAUUCGACGUGUGUGUGUCAGUUGAUGGUUCAGCUGCCUUUGUUCCUGAGGAGGUCGCCGCACACCUAUACGGUGAGGGUGGAAGACUCGUGCCAAGUGAAGUUUGAGUGCCCAGGGAGAGCGUGA